GAUAAGUGCAAAGAUCAACAGAUUAGAAGCGUAAAAACUUGAUUUUUACAGAUAUAACUUUAUCAGUUAUUGUUAACUUUCUCAGUUGUUUUUAAUUGUUGUUAUAAUACGUUAUUUAACGAAAACAUACAUAUACAUAAACCACGGAACUCAAAAGGAAGAGCAGGAAGAGUUUUUAAAAGCAGGCACUUUGGUUUCGGAACUUUUUUUCGCGCACCUCACAAAAGUGAGGUUAAGUAUGAAAAUAUAGAUGAAAUUUGCGGAAUGCCGUAAAUUUGCCCGUUGGAAAAUAAAAACGUGAUUAUGUAAAUGAACAUUCUUUAGAAAAGUAUUUAAAGCAGCAUGAAUAUUGAUAUGCAGGGUCAAUUUGUUGACCUUAAAGGCGAAGAAGCCACGAUAAAUGAAAAUUAUCCAAUAUUAAAGUCUUUUCUCGCCGGUUCAUUUUCUGGCACGUUUUCAACAAUUUUAUUUCAACCUCUGGAUUUGAUAAAGACUAGACUUCAGAACAGAGUCAGCAAUAAUGCGGGGCGUUCGAAAUCGGGAAUGGUCAGAACUAUGGUUUCUAUUGUUCAAAAUGACAAUAUAUUCGGAUUAUGGAAAGGAAUGACACCAUCUAUAACACGAGUUGUUCCUGGAGUUGGUCUCUAUUUUUCUUCAUUGUACUGGUUAAAAAAUGUAAUGGAACUUGAAGAACCAUUGACGUCUCUUCAGGCGAUUAGUUUAGGAAUUACCGCACGUUCCAUGUCAGGAGCAUUGUUAAUUCCAAUAACUGUUGUCAAAACUAGAUUUGAGAGCGGUGUGUAUAAAUACAGCAGUAUCAGUGAAGCGUUAAGAUUAAUCUACAAAUAUGAAGGUGUAAAGGGUCUUUCGAGUGGUCUUGUGCCGACAUUAUUAAGAGACGCGCCCUACAGUGGUCUUUAUCUUAUGUUUUACACUCAACUGAAAAAUGCAGUCGCCUUAAAACUUCCUCACUAUAGUCAUGAAACUGUUACACAUUUUUGUUGCGGAGUAUUUGCUGGAAUUUGUGCUUCAUUUGUGACACAUCCGGCUGAUGUUGUUAAAACAAAAAUGCAACUCUAUCCAGAUAAAUUUAAAAAUGCACACAAUGCCUUUAUAUUUGUCUAUCGAAAAUAUGGACCCUUUGGCUAUUUCAAGGGAAUUGUACCCCGAAUGCUUAGGCGAACUUUAAUGACCGCAAUGGCUUGGACUAUUUACGAAAAAAUAACUGCAAGCCUUGGUUUUAAAUAAAUUUCACCGUAUAAUAUUGUAUAUACAAAUAUUUACCUUGUACAGUAUUAAAAAAAUGUUUAUUAGCGCUAUUUCGAAAUAAAUUAUAUAUUUCUUUAAAAAAAACAUGAUUUUUUU